AUUAAAAUGACCAACAGGAAAACUAACCUUUCUUCAAUAACUAAGAACAUAUUCAAUAAGGAUUAUGAUUAAGAAAUUUUAUUCUCAUCUCCAUUGAAAUCAGUUGAUAAAUCUAAGUCCAAAUUCUUAUCAAAUUAUUCCCCAAUGAAGCUAGACAGUAUUGACAAUUUAAUGGAAACUUAAAAUACUUUAAGAACUAAUAGACCAUCUGAAUUUAAUCUGAAAAAAAUGUUAUCUAAAAUGGAUAUUGUUGAGACUAUUUCAGAAAUUCCAUAAUAACAUAAAAGCUCUCGAUUCCGUAGAAAUGAAUCUAAACCAGGUUUGAAAAUAGAAGUUAAAAACGAUGUAGAUGAAUUCUUUAAUAACAAUACACCAGUUAAUACUUAAUUAAAAGAAAAUAAAGAAAUUAAGCAAUAUUAAUUAAUAACAUUUACUGAUUAUGUUGAAAAAAUCUAUGGUAAAGAUUGGUUUACAGCACCAUAAAGAAGAUUUAGAAGAUAAACUUCAAUCUAAGAAUUUUUUGAUAUUAUCGAAUGA